UUCUGAUUUAUUUACUUUUGUGUAUCGUACUGGGGCAUUAUCUAUUAGUUUCGAAUAUUUCAAACGUUACAGUUCAAUAGCUUGAAAUAUUAAUCUGGAUUCUUUUUAAAAUUUUAUAAUGUAUGAGCUGUCUAAAAGAAAUGGACUACUGUCUCUUUCAUGUCAUGAAACAGAACAUUGUACAUGUGACGAGACACUGGCGUUUUAAUUGCAACCACAUUUUGUGACCGUAGUGCUAAUGUCAACUACAACGGAGAUGCCGGAGGCGGAGACCCCAGGUGACUUAGUUAGGGGUUUCGUGUCAAAUCUUGAGCGAAGGCAAAGAAAUCUAGUAAAACGGAAGAGCAAAUUGGAUGGAUAUCGUGAGAAACUACAAAAAGGUGAAUCGCUGAAGGAAGAACAAAAGAAAGCUGUGGAGAGCUAUGACGUCGUUGUACAAAACAUUUCGUUUGUGCAGGAAGUAGUGAAUCAAGCCAAAGAUCUCAUUUCAAAUAUGGAAGCGAUGAGUGAGAAACAGAUGUCCCAGAUUGAGGCGGAACAUGAAAGACAUACACUUACACAUUUAAGUGUCCAAUUGUGCUUGCAACGUUUUCUUUAUUCGCUGGAUAUACCGACAGUACGUUCAGCUGUGGUAAAAUCAUCAUCAGAAAGUAGUCUCAAGCUGCUUGACGCAUUGCGAAAUCUUAUAACACCACCGGUGGUUGACAAUUGGCCAGGAUGUAGCUCAUCUGCUUUGGCAUCUGCUCCUGAAUUUUUGCAGGCACGAGAUGAUAUUAAGGCUAUAGCAACAAAUACUUACAACUUCACGAGUGGGCGUUCAAUACCUGUCCCGCUCCCAAGUGACUUGGAGGAGUUUCGCAAGAAAAAUACGACUUUCAAGGAUGCUCGAAAUCUCUGCUUUCGUCUUCUAGCGAACCCCACCGUUCAGCAGUCUUUGGGUUUAAUCGAAGAGUGUGAAGCAGUUAAUAUGGUUGAUCCUAUACAACCAGCCCCUGAAACCCCAGACACCACUGGUUUCACAGGUCCUGUUGAAAUGUCUUCUGCUCCCCAGCAUGAAUAUACCCCAAUUGAGCCCAGUCAUAUCACCCCUGCUGAUGAGCCGGUUGACCAGGUCAUUCGGCCACUCAACAGUACAUUUAAUUUCAUUCAGGCCUCCAGGGUCGUCCACUCACAAGUUCCAGUAGAAACUCCGUCUGGUUUCGAUGAAAUGGUACCCGGUAAUCAUGUGCAAAGCAACACAAGCGUGCCAUGCUUCAAUAACCACAACUUUGCAGAUAACGACAUCGACCACUCAGUGAUGCCCAGAUUAGAUCAGCAGUACGUCUUGGAAAUUCCUGAAGCAGAACCGCCGAAAUCUGAUAUGUGUGAGCACAGUCCAUCAUCACUACCAACAGGGGAGAUAGUGAGACAAGCUUCCCCUUAUAAACCAAAUCUUGUAGCACAAGACGAAAAGGAUAUAAAUAUUAACGGAAAUAAGCCGAUUUCUUAUGCGGAUUCAGUUCGAAAGCUUGGACAAGUCAACCAAAAUCUUCGACAGGAUAUUACGUCUACGAAAAAGGUUGACCGCGCAUUUGAGGAUGGCAAUCGUGAGACUGAACAGUUGGAUCAGAAUAAUCGUGGUCACUCUAGAGGUGGCUUCCGUGGUCGUAUUGCCGGCGAAAGUCGAGGGGGACGUGGCGGUGCUCCAAGGCGCAAUGCUGGGCAACGAGGUGGCAGUUUCGGAACUCAUCCUGGUCGUGGUGGUGCACCUCGCGGAAUGCCAACUGCGUUUGCUCAACCCACGUACUGAUUCCUUUAGGAAUCUGGCUGAAUUUGUUGCCCUACAUUAGGCCAAUGGCUUAUUGAGCAAUAAAUUACGGCUUUACUAUUUGUAUGAUACUGCAUUUUCCUUGAUAGGUUGACAAUCGCACUGUGGAACAUUUCAAAGUUACACUGAUUUGUAAACAGUGUGACGCUUGUGAUUAGUUUUCCCUUACCGGCGAUCCUGUUGACAUUUUCACUCACUCUUUAAAGUUAACCUUAAAUACAUUUUUGGAA